UCCUUUUCAGUGGUUGUGCGCGAUAUUGUCGUGAACAAGAGAGCACCAUUGCAGGUUAUAAAGCAUCAGCUGGCUGUUACAAGAAUAUCCUGGCGCCUUUAUUCUCAAGCCACAAUCACACAUCAGGGAGAGAGAGAGAGAGAGAGAGCAUCAGCAGCAGUAAGAUAAUAAACAAAUAUAUAAACAAGGUGGUGGCCACCGGCUCCAAUGUACCGGGGCAGCACGAUGUGCCACCGCGAGGAUGGUCAGCAGCCGAUCUACCACCAUCACCACCACCACCAGCAUCAGCAUCCAGCGACGGCCGAUGCCGCGGGGUACAACUACGGAGCGACCUUGGCCCCGCACAGGGCACUCGGGUUGGACGCUCUGCAUAGGCUCUGCAGGGAAAUUUAUCCCGAGCAGAGCAACCCGCUCACCGUGACUGCUGUUGUUAAGUACUGGUUGGGUGGUCCCGAUCCUCUGGACUACAUCAGCAUGUACGAGAAUCCCGGCUGUCCGGAGCUCGGAGUGCCGCCUCACUGGCAUUACGUCAGCCUAGGGCUCUCGGACCUCCACGGUGACGGUAGAUUACAUCCCCGCAGCGGUCCCGGCCGACCGUCGGGCUUUGGCUUCGAGCUGACCUUCCGCUUGGUGCGCCAGAGCGGCGAGCUCAGUCCCCCGACGUGGCCGGCCAACGUGAUGCAGCAGCUGGCCAAGUACGUCUUCACCUCGGGCAACAUGCUCCUACCCGGUGACCACGUCUCCUGGCACGCGCCCCUCGAUUUCGCCGCCCAAGUGCCCAGCACCGUUGGCCCCGUCGCCCAGCAACAGGAACAACGGACCACGCGCAUCACUCAGAUACUCAUGGGCCGGGACCCUCAACUCCCGGCCGUUGCUUCCACUCCGCACGGAGACAUAACUUUUGUACAAAUCGUCGGUGUGAUGCCGGAGGAGCUGCAAGCUACCCAACACUGGAACGGCUUGGGGGUGAUCAAUCUCUUGAAGACGUCGAAGAGCGUCGGCCCGUGGCUCGUGACGGACAUGAGGAGGGCCCAGUCGGUCAUGGAGGAGGAUUCCUCGAUAGCGGAAAAAAUACAGAACGGCAUCGAAAGGGAGGGAUCCAAUCUCAGCGGCGUGUCCGCCAAGUGCUGGUGGGUUCAGAUGUACGGCGACAAGAGUACCGAGACCUACCGAGAGAAGAAAGAGGAUACGGAUGACGAGGAGGAGGAGGAGGUGGUCGACGACGAUGACGACGAUGACGAGGAUGUAGCGGAGGUGAAAUCGGCCAUCAAGUCAGAGAGAGUGUCGCCCUGCGAGCAGGAUGUCAAUAUGAGCGCGGACAAUCAGACCCCCAGAGCACUCGUCGGGCUGCACCUCACUUUUAAUUUAGAAGCAGGAAACCUGCUGCCUCUCGCAAUCAAAGGCAGAGUCAUGCAUGGCAGACACUUUACGUUUAAGUCCUUUAUUUCGCACACGGCCAUAACGAUAGUUGCACCAUCGGUCACUGGGACAUUGGUGUCGAUGGAGAAACCGUACGUCGUACAGGGACCUUGGUUGCAAGUCUUGCUUCCUGAAGAUCUUGCGGAAAGGAUGGCUCAAGAGUUCCAGAUCUUGAGCAAUCCGGAACUGCUUCAACUACCAAAAACUUUCUCCUGGCCGGAGCAUAAGCUUGCUAUAACAAUAACUAACGAUUAAACGAAGCAAAUGGGAUUCCACUGUAAGCGAAUCAAUUAAUACGACCGACACAAACGGACCAGAAAAUCAAAACAACAUUGAUAAGAUACACUCCUGGUUUGAAUUUUCAAAAGUAUUAGAAAAUUUGUUCUCAAACAGGGGUUACUUUUUUAUUAGUGUGGAACGCAAAGUAUUACUUGGUGGCCGAAUCGCGAAUGAAUCGGGCCUUUUGUAAUUUAAUUUAUUGUACUUACAUAAUAGUACUUGACAAGACUUAGUUAGUUUUUAUCUCGUUCGAUCAUGAUCUUUGGAAGGAAAAAAAAAUCUGCAUCGUAACUCACGAAAGGAAAAUUUUCGUAUUUUUAUAAAUGGUUACUA